AAACAAACACUCUGAUGUUCCAAGAACAACAGGAUAGGAUAAGGAUAAGCAGUUUUUGAACCCUCAUCGUUCGCUUGACAAACGACAGGAAUUAAUUUUGAACCGUUUCCGCCCAACCGUCGGCGCCGUCUAACAGUGAAUCUUCACAGAAAACUUUUCUAUAAGCAGGUCAAGUUCAACAAGAGCUUCAGUCGGAUCAGCCAGAUCAGAUUGGUCCUCUUGAGUCUAGCGGACCUACCAAACGUCACCAAAAGCCAAUGCACCUGGAAGAGUACAUCCUCCAGCAUGAAGAAAGUGGGGGAGAGUGUAGUGAAUGAUCAUUUUAGUAAUCCCCGAAAUAUAAGGUGUUGGGGAGGGGGGUCUGUUAGGUAUUACUGUUUUUAUUAUUAUUCGUACGCGUGUCGUUAAUCUUGUGUCAAUCAGAAUUGUUAAAUACAAGUUAAAGAGAUUAAAAAACAAUCUCUUUAAGCGCAUUUGCAGGCGGUCGGUCAAUGAUUAUUAUUAGGUUAUCAUAAAUACAAGUAUAAAAAAUUGCGAUAAGUGUGUUCAACAUAUAAUGCACCCUGCAUUAUAAUUUAUUAAAAAUUGUAUGGUGUCAGCCAAAUGCAAAAUCUAACAGAUCAUCAAGAGAUCAAAAAAGCUUGGUAAAGCAGUAUUGAGACUUAUCUUAGAAAAGUCACAGUUCAAUAUUUUACAUCUGCGCUCACAAUGAAGUUAAUAAUUUUGUUCACGUUCUUCUGCUCAAUUUUUGGACACUUUCAUUUUAAUGCCGAUGAUGACCUAGUAGAAGCAUGGGAAGCCAUGGUACGGCCUUACGAGGAAAAAUGUGUAACUGAGGUUAAUGUCAAGCGAGAGGAAGUAGUCGGGACCAUUUCCAGAAAAGUCUAUCCGACUCUAAAAAUCCAUCAGUGUUACGCUAAGUGUCUCUUUGAGGGUCUAGGAUUCUACGAACCGAAAAAUGGAAACUUUCGAAUCGAACUAAUUUUGGAACAAAUAAAAGGAAUGACGAAGGAAAUUGCCGAUGAUUGCUAUACCAAGUAUUUGGACGAGAAGGAUGAAUGCCGCAAGGUGUUUAGUUCAAUAGUGUGCGCUACGGAGAAAAUUUCGAAGGUUGUUUACUCUUAAGACAUUAAAAAUGUAUUCUCUAUAAUUGCCACGUGCUUAAAAUAAAAUCUUCGCAUUUUCAUUUGACAA